UCGUGACAGUAUUGCGAGAGACGUCGACUGAAACAGACGUUGGGAAAAGUGUUGCAAUAGUUAAUUAUUUUUAAAUUAUUUUUUUCAAAAUGAUAGUUUUAUUCCAUUUAGCUGUGAUCAGCGUAUAUUCCUACGCAUUCUGGUUCGAUCAGAAGUAUAUUGACAUCGAAUAUCCGUCUAAAGAAUUCGAGUUCAUCCCGUUGAAGGCUCGAGUUUUAUUUUUCACGUUUUGGACUCUUGCGCUCCAGCAUGUCUACUUCGUGAUAUCUCUCCUGAACGAUAUCUUCGGCACCAACGAAGUCACGCGAAAACCGCCUCUAAUCCGUCAAAUUAAGGACGUCGUCUUCAGCAUCACACUGUGCACAGCAUUCUACGUGGUCCUUGUAUUUUGGACCUUCUACAUAUUCAACAAAGAGGCUAUUUUCCCUCCUGAGGCCGAACUUAAAUUCCCGAAAUGGAUCAACCAUAUUAUGCACACGUCAAUUUUGCCUAUAAUUCUCAUUGAGCUGCUUGUUACGAGAAGGAAUUUCCCAACGAAGAAGACUGGUUUUACUGUAGCCAUAACCAUGACAGCUAUCUACGCGGCAUAUAUUCACAUUGUGUACUUCAAAUAUGGUAUUUGGCCCUACCCCUUCCUCUAUGUUGUCAGUUGGACCACCAAGACUUUAUACUUCAUCGGCAGCGCAGUCCUGGGGAUGGUCUUCUAUUUAUUCGGCGAAAAAUUAGACUCUCUUGUCUCAGGAAAGAGUAGAACUCCUGUAUCUCAUAUGAAUGGAUCUAAGAAAGUACAUUAAAUUAUUUUUAGAGUAAGCUAGUA